AUGGUGACUGAUUGGCGUCGGCCGGUGGGCUGGUGCCUGUGCCUGGUGGGCUGCCUGGCCCUGCUCCGGUUGGCCACGCUGAGGCCCGCAGCUCCCCCCUCCCCCACGUCGAGCACCCUCCUCGUGUCCCUUCCGGUGGAUGCAGAGCUUUCAUGGAUCCUUGUCGACACAGGGAGCAUGUUAGUGAUUCGACAAUUCCAAAACGGUGGAUGUGACAUUGGAGAAAGCCAUGUCCAGCCUUUAUCCAAAACUGUGCUACCUCCUCACUCUUUGGGAGAUCCAUUGGAACUCUUUCCUUUUCUUCUAGUAAUGAAGCCCAUUGCUUCUCCUUUAAAUCUAAUUGCCAUUUCCCUUCCAACUCUCCAAUGA